CAUGCGCCCCGGCCUCCUGCCGCUGUUUGGCCGUUUCCAUGACUACGAAUUGGCUCCGCCUGGGGUCCCGGAGCGAGAAAAUGAAGCUCAAGAGCCUCCUGCUCCGUUAUUAUCCGCCAGGGAUUAUGUUGGAAUAUGAGAAGAGUGGGGAACUGAAGACCAAAUCCAUAGAUUUGCUCGAUCUCCGUCCCAGUACUGAUGUGGAUGCCCUAGUAGAAGAGAUACAGAGAGCAGAGCCUCUGAUCACAGCGUCACGGUCAGACCAAGUCAAACUUUUAAUACAGAGACUGCAAGAGAAACUCGGCCAGCACAGCGACCACAAAUUCUACCUCUUCAAGGUUCUCCGAGCACACAUACUGCCACUGACGAAUGUUGCCCUUAAUAAAUCGGGCUCUUGCUUCAUCACCGGGAGCUACGACCGCACCUGCAAGCUCUGGGACACGGCGUCUGGAGAGGAGCUGUACACCCUGGACGGGCACAGGAACGUGGUUUACGCCAUAGCCUUCAACAACCCUUACGGUGACAAAAUUGCCACUGGGUCCUUCGACAAGACCUGCAAACUGUGGAGCGCAGAAACGGGGAAAUGCUACCACACCUUUAGGGGCCACACGGCAGAAAUAGUGUGCUUAUCAUUCAAUCCUCAAAGCACAUUGGUGGCUACAGGAAGUAUGGACACAAUGGCCAAACUGUGGGACAUUCAGAAUGGAGAGGAAGUCGUCACGUUAACCGGACAUUCAGCUGAAAUCAUCUCCUUGUCGUUCAACACCACGGGAGACAGAAUCAUCACAGGGUCCUUUGACCACACAGUUGUUGUGUGGGACGCUGGGGCUGGAAGGAAGGUGUACACCUUAAUCGGGCAUUGCGCCGAGAUCAGCAGUGCCGUCGUCAACUGGGACUGCUCUAUGAUACUGACCGGCUCUAUGGACAAAACCUGCAUGUUGUGGGAUGCUGCAAGUGGAAAAUGCCUGGCAACACUAACAGGCCAUGAUGAUGAAAUUCUAGACUGCUGUUUUGAUUACACUGGAAAGCUUAUUGCAACCGCUUCAGCCGAUGGAACAGCAAGAAUUUUCAGUGCGGCCACAAGAAAAUGCAUUAGUAAAUUGGAAGGUCACGAAGGUGAGAUUUCAAAGAUCUCUUUCAACCCCCAAGGGAACCGUCUUCUAACAGGCAGCUCGGACAAAACAGCAAGAAUCUGGGAUGCUCAGACUGGCCAGUGCCUCCAGGUGCUCGAGGGGCACACCGAUGAGAUCUUCUCAUGUGCUUUCAACUAUAAAGGCAACAUCAUCAUUACAGGCAGCAAGGAUAAUACGUGCAGGAUAUGGCGCUGACUGGAGAGAGCCAGCGGACGAGCACACUUGCUCGCAGCGGGAACAGGAUCCGGAGCCUCCCAGAUGGCACACGCGCUGUGUUGAUAUUUCACGCGUUCUCUUUUCCCGUGAGUCAACUGUUUAUACACUGUCCUUAGCUUCACAAUAUGACUAUUAAAACUGGCGAAGUUGUAUCAUUUCUUGGUAUCAUUUGCUAGAGAUGACAGGAAACACCCUACUGUUUGGAAAAUGUCACUAGUAAUUUCAGUUUUGUUUUAUUUUUUAAUAGCAUCAUGACACUAAUAAAUGAAACCAGAGUACUUUAAC